CUGUAUGCUUGUUGGUUGGCAGGUUGGCAGUGGAAAAAAUAUAAACCUCCUCCUCCUCCUCCUCCUCCUCCCGCUCCCCACCACCAUCUUUGCCGUCCUGACCUUUAUUAUAGCAGCACAAACGACAAACCUUUUCGACUCAAUCCACUCCUAUCCCGACACUCAACAACCAUCAAAUCCGACUUCCGAUCAUCCACGAUGCAGUACCCCCAAGCAACAGCAUCCAACAUGGCCGGCGAGCGACGUGAAGGACUGGAUACAUAUCAUCCUGGAAGCCCCGCCCAUUACUUCGAGCCCGAGAUGGCAGAACUCUCGGUUUCUUCAACUAGCCAGGGUGACGGGGACAUCGACUAUGACAACAGGAAGCAAACCGCAGAGCAGCAGUGCAUCAAUACUGAUACACGUUCCCCCUUCUCCUCCACCGCCAGCGUCUCCGGAAUCGCGGAAAUCGAACAAAUGACCGAACGCUCCAAAAAGGCCCGGAACGAUCUCAAAAAGGCCCAGAACAAUCGUGAUCUCGAGCGCGAAAAAGAAUUAUGGAUUGCAGUGAUCCUCUUGCUCUGCAUUUUGGUCGUAUUAUUCAUUAUGACUGUGAUCCACGACCAUGGGGAGGCAGAGCGGCUAAUCAAGCAACAAGAAGAAGAAGCGCGUCUCGCCACACUUUCCGCACUCGAACAGGAGAGAGAGAGGCGAAAGCUCAUCGACAACAUCGCCGCCGCGGUCGUUGAGAAAACUUGGGAGAGCAUUGUUGCUAAGUCUCAGUCUCUUGGCCAUGCGUUGAGAGAAGAGGAUAGCAGGUCUGAAGUUGUCAGGUUCGUCGCCAAAUUCGUGACAGCGUUUGCGGAGGCUUGGGUUCAGUGUCUCUGGAUUUUGGUUACGCGUCUUGGGGUGGUUGCGGGUCCUUGGCUGAUUGGGUUUUUGGCAAUGGUGUGGCUGCUCGUUGUUCGCUGA